UCUUUCUUUGUAGCUUUCAGUAAAACAAAAUGAAUAACUUUAUGAAAUUAUUCUCAAUUUUCUUGUUCAUCCAAAUCCAAGUAGCCAUGUCUCAACGAAAUCUUAUACAUCAGCUCUGCAAAAGAAAUCGUUAUCAACCCCUAUGCGUCUCUACUCUCAAUCUUGAUCCUAGAAGCAAAACCUCAAAUCUCCGAGGGCUUGCGUUGAUCUCUCUCCAUGCGACAACAAAGAAAACGAACGAUACGUUAACUUAUCUCAUCUUUGUUAUGCCGGAUGGAGGAGGUCGCGCUGAUUUUGAGAAGUAUGGAACUUGCAUUGAUCAGGAUUACGGCUCAUCUGUUGAUAGGUAUUUGCCGGGGGCUAUGGCUAAUCUAAAGGCUAAGAACUACUCUGCUGCGAUAGCUAACUUGCAAGACGUUGUGGGGGCGUCGAGUGAUUGUGAAAACCAGUUCGCCGGAAGUUGUCCAUUACCGGUGAGCCAAUGUAACAAAGCCGUUCAUGAUAUUGCCGAUAUGACUACUGACAUCAUCAAAACUUUUGUCUAGUAGAUAAUAAAUUUAUAAUUUAUCU